GUGUAAUGGAGUCUCUUUUUAAUUACAAUUUGUGAAUAUAUUAUUUGAAGUCAUAGUCAGUCUGUUUUUGGUUUGUCUAUAUUUAUUAAGACCACCAGAUGGAAAACUUGGAUAGUAACGCUUGGGUAUUUGAUUCCCUUGUCGGCUUCUUACACGGCCCAGUGUGGAAUAUUCCUUUGCAGAGUUUUAUAGAGGAGAAGUCUUUACCUUUUGAACCGACCGACAAUGGAGAAGUUCUCGAUCGUCCAGAGUACAAAAAGAUUCAUGACGAAUAUCGUAAUUUGGUAGAUGUGAUGUUAGGCUCGUUCAUGGAUGACAUUGGGAUCACCGCAGAUCAGUUUGAAGCGGCAUGUAGACUAUCUGCCCGCGAUUUAGCAGGAUUACCUGCACAUUUCCAUCGAAGACUAUUUGAACAAAUCUGGGCCGCCAAUGACUAUGACAUGUUUGUCAAGAUGAUGACGCAUAAAAAUGUCGAACUUCAACUGCAGGCUUUGGAACUCAUUGAAAGGCGUUUUGGUACAAUGCCAAAUAUAUUUUCUUCUGAGCCUGAAGAUGUUGAUUCAUCACGUAGCGAUGAAAGCGACGGUUGGCCUGAAAAUGAUGAGAUCAUGACCGAAAUUAAAAAAUUACAGCUUGAAGAAUUUGAAAGUAAGGAUGAAAUUAUAAGCGUACCACCAGAGGAGGUAGUUGCUGAAAAACAAACUCUACUCUCUAAACUACAAAGCUUCGAAAAGAAAGAAGAACAUGUUGAAAAGAAACCAGCCAUAGUGAUAAAUACAGAUGAACCGGAAGUUCUAACUGAACCACCAAAACCACCUCCACAAAAAGUUGAGGUAAGUGAGGAAGAGGUACGCGCUCGACAAGAAUAUUUGAAACAACAAAGAGACAAAUUGUUGGCUUUGAAGAAACGAGUCCGUGAGCGAAAGCUAGGAGUUGCAGAUGUAGAAACCGAGUCUGGAGGUGAAGGAUCACGUGUCAGCGCCGCUAGGCCCAAGUCAGCGCGAGUGGCACAGGCAGCGCUAGCCGGAGCGCCGCCACCGCCGCCGCCAGAUGCAAUGCAACUUCGUAGGGCUCUUGCAUCCAAACUUAAAUCCGAAGUGGUCGACACCAACCUUGCGUGAUUAAUUAUUUCUAUUCUUCUAUUUCUUAUAACUUGCUAACCUAAUAUUAUUAUAGUAUUAAUUCUUAAACAAAAAAUACGGUUUGUAAUUAUUGAAAGGUAUUAUAAAUAAAUAAAAAAAACAGUUGUUUAUAUUACCUUAUAUUUAUAUUGCUUACUUAACUAGUGACAUCAUAAUAGUAGCAUUAUAGUAAGCUUAUUUACUUUACACAACUUGCCAAUAGGUUAAAUCUAUUUUAAUUUUAUUCUGUGUAUAAAUUAGUUUAUGAUGGUCAUCCACCUAGACAGAUAAUAAAAAAUAGUCAUCAUUACAGUCUACUUUCACCUAGAACUUCGUAUUACAUUAAUGGGAAGUUAUUUCAAGGAAUAUAAGAAUCGUAUAAAUUUAAUUGACAGCUCGAUGCUAUUAUACACGUGGAUGUUGGCAGAUUUCAAAAUAAAAUUAUUACAUAAAACGGUUAUAUAUUUACAAUAUAUUCUGACAAAUCUCACGUAUGUAAUAAUUCGCCUCGCCUUUUCUGUGCAUUUUGUAGAAAUAUUUAUUAAUUAAAUAUGCAAUAAUAAAGCUGAAGAAUGUGCUGGUAACAAAGUGUGACCAUCAUGCAAAUGUACGUAAAAGACGUAUUAAAAACGUCACCAAGGACUUUAUUAUUUAAUAGAGAUCAAAAUGUUCCUUUGUUUGAUACUUUGAUAUGUAUUUUAAGGGUUAAAUAGGAAUUGAGAAUUAAACAAUAACGUUAGGUAUUGUAGCAUAAGUAGAAUAAAUAGACGUGACGAUUGAACGCUUGGGGGCUGCGCAGACUAGACGGCUUCACUGCGGCUACUUUCUUGUCCGUAAAGUCUCAUACAAGUCCCUGGAAGCCCACGGCUGAUUCAACGUAAUUGGCUUUCAAACAAAAUAUCCCCAGUCUGCGCAUAACAUUAUCAAACACUACAAGUUAGAAGUAGGUGCUAGACAAUAUCUCUGACAGUAUUCAUUGUUAUAUUUUUACUUAGUUAUUAUUUUAUAAUUUUACCUAUAUUAAUUCAAUUAUAUUCAAGAAGCGUUUUACAAUGCCAUAUAUUGCCACUCAUUAUGAAAUAUAAUUAAGUCUACGGACGACACGAUUUGGAGUCAUGUCCAUGUUAAAGGUCGAAAUAGCGUGUUCUCUCCACACAAACUUGCUUCUCCCACCAAAUUUUAUUGUAACUAGUUUUGAUAGAUACUAUCUAAUAGUAUCCUGUUGAGUCAAUCUACAAUUCAGUGGGGCCUACCCAACAAUAUAUCAUGAUAUCGGACGGGCUAAUCAGUCCGGACUACAACCAGUCCGAUAUAUGGUAUUGUCAAAUCGUAUCGUUAGUAGACGUUUUAAACCAACAUAUCAAAUGAAUACUUACGUAAUUGUUACUUGCAUGGUAAUAAUAACAAUGUUUACUUUCAUUAGAUUGUAUGCCAACCACUGUAACAAAGCAUUAAUUCGAAAUUAUUGGGUAGUAAAUAAUGAUAUUUAUGUAUGUAAUAAUAAUACAUGAAAAAACUCAGUGUGAUGUUAAUUAUAACCCAUUUCUCCUAUACUGAUUACAAUUAAUUAAACUACUUUUAAUUUCACAUUUUCAUACCACUAAAAUUCCCUGUUAUUGAGUAUUUGUAAUAAAAACCCUUAAUAAAGUUGUUAGUAAUUAUGUAAACAUUUGUAUUGCCAAUGUAUUUGUUUGAAAUAAAAAAAAUGUACCAACAACUACUCAAGUAUAAGUUAAAUUAUUUUAUUAAAAUAUGUGUAUUACACCUGUGUAUAGGGGGACUUUUUACAUUAAAAUAGUGAAAAUAUAAGAAAUUAACGUCCACAUGAUAUGUGUUGCAUAGAAAUCCAUCAGGCCAACGAAAAAAUAUAUAUUUGGAAACGAGAAUCAGUUCUCUGAGUACAUUUUUUUUUCCUUGCUUCUAUGCACCCGUGUCUUUGAAAAUAUACAGUUGAGCGAAAAGAGAAUUAUAUAGAUUUAUUAUUAAACUUUCGUUGUUUUUAUUAUUACUCAGCUAAAUCGAUCCUCAAGAAUAAUUUUAUGGUAAAUAAUGGUAGUCAUUUCGGUCGUGAGCUGACAACAGCUGCAACCAUAACUAUAAAAUUAUUCGUGUUAAGAUCCGAUUUACUAUACAUAUAAUCAC